CAAGACGCGUCGUCGCCAGCUUAUGACGUAACUUCCCCGCGACGUUCAAAACUAGCCGGUUGCUAACAGUCAGGCCGUUUUGUUUUUCUCGAGAAGAGCUGCUUUAUUUCGCUUUAAAAUGCUCAAAAGAAAAUCAGGCAGCGCCGAAAAGAAAAGGAAACACUCCCAGUCCGAUGAACGACACGACAGCAGUAAAAGGAAAAGUACCGAAUCCAACUUAGAGGUGAGCAAAGAAGAAAUGCCUAUGCUGCCGAGAACAGAAGGUGAUUAAGAGAGCAUGUGUACUUGCCUGCCCUUCCAGCCCAUCACAGCUUACAUUAGCAACAAGAAGGAAAUGCUGGAGCAGUGCUUCCACGUGUUGGGGGAGAAGAAGCUGCAAAAGAUGCUGCCCGAUGAACUGAAGGAUUUAAGUUUAGAGGAAAUCAAAUCUCUGUGUUGGGAGCAACUGGAAUCGAUCUCUGAGAAAAAUCUUACUCAGAUCUUGGCAGGAGAAGAGCUGACAAGUGGAAAUGAAAACUCUGAAAAGACCUUGGAAAGCCAGCAAGACAGUAAUGUAGACUCUACAUCAUGUCUCAAGGAAACAGCAAAAACUGAAGAACCUAAGCAAGAGGGUGGGGGUGUGGGCUCUGGAGAGGAGAGCGAUGUCCUAAGCAUAAAUGCAGACACUUACGAUAGUGACAUUGAAGGACCCAAAGAGGAGCAGACAGUAAAAGCCGUGGACGUGGCGGUGAAAGCAGGAGACGGGGUUGGACAGUGCUCAGAGCCUCCUGCGAAACCCGUCCUGACAAAUCCGGAGCCUAAGAAAGACAUUCAAAGCGACAUCGACAGGAGCGUCAGUGAAAUCCUCGCGCUCUCCUCCUCGUCGAGCAAAGACGAAGCUAAGGAGCAGAGCGGCCCGCCGCAGCCCGCGGACGCCGGCUCACCUGCUCAGACUGCGGCAGGCGGCGCCGCUGCAGUGUGUCAGCCAUCAGUUCAGCAGCUGGAGCUCCUGGAGCUGGAAAUGAGGGCGAGGGCCAUAAAGGCUCUGAUGAAAGCAAGUAAUGGGAAAACACCUUGUUUGACUAAAAACAAUUAGAGAGGUGUAUUUUAUGUUUAAUAUAAGGAUUUAUUUUCUUAAAAACCUGUUUAUAGAUGUAGACGUCUGUUUGGAUUUUGCUUGAUGGUAAAACCAACUCAUUUAUUUUAAAUCACCCGAUUUCAAACUAUUGUUUUUACUCCAUAUUGGAAAGACUGUACAGUUAAUUGUUAAAUUAAACAUCCUGCACUCGA